AUGAGAGUACACACUGGACACAAACCGUUUCCUUGUGAACUUUGUGGACAAAGAUUUAGUGUAAAUUCAAAUUUAAACAGACACAUGAGAGUCCACACUGGAGACAAACCUUUUCCUUGUGAUUUUUGUGGACAAAGAUUUAGUCAUAAGAUGCAUUUAAAGUCACACAUGAGAGUUCACACUGGAGAAAAACCGUUUCUUUGUGAAAUUUGUGGACAAAGAUUUAGACAGAAGACAAAUUUAAACACACACAUGAGAGUCCACACUGGAGACAAACCGUUUCCUUGUGAACUUUGUGGACAAAGAUUUAGUCAGAUGGCAACCUUGAACUCGCACAUGAGAGUCCACACAGGAUUUAGACAGAUGGCAACUUUAAACUCACAUAUGAGAGUCCACACAGGAGACAAACCUUAUCUUUGUGAACUUUGUGGACAAAGAUUUGGUCAUAAGACAAAUUUAACCAUACACAUGAGAGUCCACACAGGAGACAAGCCAUUUCCUUGUGAAAUAUGUGGACAAUUUGGUCAUAAGACACAUUUAAACAGACACAUGAGAGUCCACACAGGAGACAAGCCCUUUCCUUGUGAUCUUUGUGGACAAAGAUUUAGUCGGAAGACACAUUUAAUCUCACACAUGAGAGUCCACACAGGAAGAGAGAAGACGCUGAGAGGUUCUUCAUCAGGUAUUACCAAGAUUGUCUGGAGCAGAAAUUUUCUGAGGUACCACGUUCUUGUGUCCAAAUAUGGUCAGCUAGCUUCACUGGCAGAGGUGGAACUGACUCCCCUCAGCACCGUGAUGGAAGUCCGCUGGGGCGACCAGGUACAGCCCGUCAGCUUCCGUCUGGAGCAGACAGUGGUGUACCUGAAAAAACAGCUACUAGCCCUGCUGCAGCUGCCCACCAACGGCGUCCGGCUGUUCCACAUCGACAAAGAGAUGUGCUUGGUGCUCUGA